CGGGCUUGGCGGAGCAUUGUACUCACAUCCGGGGCUGGGUUUUGCUUUAAUGCGAAACGUAAUUAACCCGGAAAAAAGAGCCGAGAGACAAGAGAGAAGGAGGGGGCGGGGUGGGGGGAGAAGAGCGAGAGGAGCCAGAGGCACCGAGAGUUUGGCUGCAAGAUAAAUCCCCCGAGAGCGCCGGCCCCGCGGGCCGGAGGGGCGCGUCCCACCCCGAUGUAAUCCACGCACCCUGCCCGAGCCCCGGACCCUGCUCAGCGGGGGUGAUGUGAGCAGAGCCCAGGAAUGCCUUAUGUGGAUCGGCAGAACCGAAUCUGUGGGUUUCUGGACAUCGAGGAGAAUGAGAACAGUGGCAAGUUUCUGCGGAGGUACUUUAUUCUGGACACCCAGGCCAACUGCCUUCUCUGGUACAUGGACAAUCCCCAGAACCUGGCAAUUGGGGCAGGAGCUGUCGGAUCUUUGCAGCUGACCUACAUCUCGAAGGUGAGCAUAGCUACCCCAAAGCAGAAACCAAAAACUCCAUUUUGCUUUGUCAUCAAUGCCCUCUCUCAGCGGUAUUUUCUUCAAGCCAAUGACCAGAAAGAUCUGAAGGACUGGGUUGAAGCCCUGAACCAAGCCAGCAAAAUCACUGUCCCCAAAAUUGGAAGCCUGCCCCUGACGACUGAAGUUCUCAAAAGCCUAGCAGCUCCUCCGGCCCUAGAGAAGAAGCCACAGGUGGCUUAUAAGACAGAGAUCAUCGGAGGGGUGGUGGUACACACACCCAUCAACCAGAAUGGUGGGGAUGCGCAGGAAGGGAGUGAGCCAGGGUCCCACGCCAUCCUCCGAAGGUCUCAGAGUUACGUCCCCACGACAGGCUGCCGUGUUCCCACCGGUCCUCCCGUCAUUAAGAGCGGCUACUGUGUGAAGCAAGGGAACGUGCGGAAAAGCUGGAAACGUCGCUUCUUUGCACUCGAUGACUUUACCAUCUGCUACUUCAAGUGUGAGCAGGACCGAGAACCACUGCGCACCAUAUUUCUCAAGGAUGUUCUCAAGACCCAUGAGUGUCUGGUCAAGUCUGGUGAUCUCUUAAUGAGGGACAACCUGUUUGAAAUAAUCACGAGCUCCAGGACCUUCUACAUACAGGCGGACAGUCCAGAAGACAUGCACAGCUGGAUUAAGGAGAUCGGAGCAGCUGUCCAAGCCCUCAAGUGCCACCCCAGAGAAAUGUCCUUUUCUAGAUCCAUUUCUUUGACUCGCUCUGGACGCUCCAGCCUCUCAAGGCCCAACUCUGUCUUGUGCAGAGGGCCACCUGUGGAAGAGAAAAAAGCCCUCUGCAAAGCUCCCUCUGUGGCCUCUUCCUGGCAACCCUGGACACCUGUUCCCCAGGCUGGGCAAAAGCUGCUUCCAGCUGAAGAGACUCCUGAGGACUCAUUGUUCACGCCUCGACUUGGGGAGAGCAAUACUGCUGGGGUGUUGCCUAGCUCCCGGAUAAGGCACAGAUCGGAGCCCCAGCACCCCAAGGAGAAACCAUUUAUGUUCAACCUUGAUGAUGAGAACAUACGGACUUCUGAUGUGUGAUGAGGCAUAAUAUCCAGGGAGGGAGGGGGGAAGGACUCAAGAAAAGGAGGCCAUGACUCAGUUUCUUUACCUGUUGGAGGACAGUCAGAGGCCUUUAUGCCACUCAUAUUCCUGUGGAUAUUCUGUUGGAGAGGCCCAUCCAGCUGGCUUACAAAAAAGAAAAUCAAUGCAGUGUGUUUAAUUUGGGAAAAUCACUAGGUUAGACCUGUAGGUGUACUCAGUGGAGCGUAGGUUGCCUCUUGUUCCACUAUUAUAAGGUGGUCCUGGUGAGGCAGUUGGGAGUACAAUUUCAUCCUUAACCAAGUUUUAUUUCCUUGUCUUUGUUUUAGUUUCGUCUCUUUGUUUUCAGGCCAGGCACAGAAUCUUAGGCCAGUCAUCUGGUUUUAUCCUAUUUCUGUUUAUUGGCUGAAGUUUGACUGUGAAGUAGAAGGGUAGUAACUAACUUAGCUGAAAGGAGGGAGGGGCGGUGGAAGACCCAGGCUCUGGCUUGACUGGGCUACCUUCUGAGGGAAGGUGUUAAAAUCUGAGGGCUGGCAGUGGCCCUCAGCAUGUCCAUCGGGGCAUAUGCACCCCGGGGCCUCCACAGCGGGAGAAAUAGAGACUUGUUGUGAGGUGGAGGGAGUGAUUGAACCCCAGUGCAUCAGCCAGUUUUGGGAAUUGCUCUGCUCUCAUUUACAUGUUCUUUGACCCCAAAUACUGUCAGUGUGAGUGACAGACCUGCUCACCUGGUUUCUGUGUCCAGCCCCAAGGAUGGGUUUAUCAGUGUAAAUGUUAUGACUGUUGAGAACAGAAUAGACAUUUCCCUUGAUAUGGCGUUAGUGGGAAUGUAUGAAGGGUUGAUAAGUGUAUGAUAAUUCACUCGUGUGAUAGAUGAGGUCUCUGUUUUAGAGUUUUAGAUUUGCUUUGAAGCAGGUGCUGGUGAAGAGCUGGAUUAUAGUUCAUCCGGCUAAGUUUUUUUGAUCCAUGUUUUAUAGACAGAAGGAAAAAUCUGUUUCAGCAAAGACAGAUUAUCUUGACUCCUUGCCUCACAGCUCUUUUUAAAUGGGCCAACGUUAGUCUAAGUUUAAGUGAUGUAUAUUGUAUUCCCUGGCAGAUUUGCUUUCUUUCUAUGCUUUGUGUUGCCCUUUGAAUGAAGCCUUGUGUACUGCAUGAUCUGACUUGUAACCUGAUGAGGUUCUGUAUACUUAGGAGUAGAGAGAUGCAAAGAUAAUCUUGAGAGAUAUUUAUAUUUUUAAUAAAAUAGAAACUGUAUAGUCACAUUGAUUAGAGGUAUGCAUUGCUGACUAGAGAUUUCCUUGUUAGAAGAGCAUAGAUUGCAUUUCCCACCCAAGUUUUAGGGUGUACUUUCUUCCAUUUGACAAGAUAAUACUACUUCCAGGGAGGAUUUGUCUAUCCAUCCUAUGUGGUAAACUGCUACCAGAAAUUUACCAGGGUUCCUUAAAGAUUUCUGUCUUAACUUUUAUCAGCUAGAUCAAUUAAUGAUAUCUUUAAAUUAAAAAAUAAUGAGUAGAAAAAAAAAUAAUGAGUAGAGGAAGAGGCUAAGAGAAGCUUUUUUUUUUUUUUUUUUUUUUUUAACCUAGGUAAAUAGAUCCCUUCCCUUCCUUAUGUCCAAAUCUAAUGCAGAGGUGAAAACACAUGAUCAGAAAAUACUUUGUGGCUUGAGGGAAAUCUUAUGUUUCUUUCAGGCAGUGUUGUUUCCUUGAAGGCUGAAUCACGUUGAGAACUUUUCUUGACUGCACCGCUUUGGAGCUAUCCUUCACUUAAAUGGUUUGGCCUAGUGGUCCUGGUGUAGAAAAGGAAAUUUGCUACUGGAUCUCUCUCUUUUUUCUGCAGACUCUUGUGUACUUUUGGCCUCAGAAAUCCUUGGUUUGGGAAUUAUUUGAGUGGUAGAGGUUACAGCAUACUUAAAGUAACCUGCUUUCAAGAAGUCAUUCCAAAUUCUUAAAGUUCUUUAUCUCUGGUUUCAUCUUCCAGUUUUCCUCAAGAAAAUUAUUUGGUUAGGUCAAAGGAAGUGCACUGUGUAUUGAAUUAAUGACGAUAAAUUAGGGACUUUUGAGAUUUCUUUAAACAUUCCCUAACUCAUGGUAAGUUUUCAUCUUUUGUUGUUUAAAUUAUAAAAACUACCCAUUUCGCUCUCUUUUCAAGAAUAAACUGCUAAAUUACUGCUAAAUUAAUUGGCUAUUCUAGUGAGCUGAUAUGUUUCUUAUUCAGUAAGGUCUGUUUUGAGAAUGUGUUACAUACUUACAAAUCCAGAUUGUAUUAUCAUAAUAGAGGGAAAACAGAGGCUCUAGUCAGCAAAUAUUUGGGAAUUCCAACCUGCAACAUUAUUAGUGUAAUUCCAACACCAGAUAAAUAUAAUUAUCUUCAAUGAAGCCUAAAAGCAUUCUCAUUCCCAAACCUUAUUUCAGAAUUCCUUUUAUGUCUGUAUUACUUACCUUCUGGCCAGUUUUCUAUCAUAGCCUUUUAAUGUCAUCACACAUAUAAGCCAAAGAUGGUACAUAUACGACCAAAGCAUUUGGUUUUAAAUGUAUAAAAUGGAACCAAAUGGAAAAAAUAGAGUGGGUAUGCAGUGUAAUGUUAGUAGUUAAGUGCAUAGACUCUGGAAUACAUCUUGAGUUUUUUUUUUUUUUUUUUAAAGGAACCAAAAAAGAUACUACAUUUUCCUUGUGGAAUAAAAUUCUUCUCUGAGUUGUGCUGUUCUCAUAAGACUUUUGAAGGGGUCUUGAUCCACUACUGUGUUUCCCCGAAAAUAAGACCUAGCCAGACCAUCAGCUCUAAUGCAUCUUUUGGAGCAAAAAUUAA